ACGCUGCCGGCCGCCCCCCACCGGCGCGCACACGCCCAGCCGGUUGGCUCGCAGACACGCGCUCGCUCUGCCUCCCCGGCCGGCCCCCCACGCCGCCGCCCGCCGCCGCCCCCGACUCCCCAAGGGUCCCGACUCCGGAAAGUGAGCCUCGGUUCUCCCCCCGGCCUGGCGGCCCGGUCCGACCGCCUGCGCGCCCCAUGCCGUCCCUCCUGCUGCUCGGGACCCUCCUGCUCCUGGCCUCGACCGCCCGCCAGGCCGGGGCGCGCCCGUCCAACGCCACAAGCGCCGAGCCCCCGGGCCCGCUGCCCGCCCUGCUGGCGCACCUGCGGCGCCUGACCGGGGCGCUGACGGGCGGCGGGGGCGCUGCGGGCCCGGGCGCCAACGGCACCAGGACCAGCGCGGCGAGCGGGACCGGCGCGGCGGCGCGGGCGCCCCCUCCGGCCGAGCUCUGCCACGGCUACUACGAUGUCAUGGGACAGUACGACGCCACCUUCAACUGCAGCACCGGCUCCUACCGCUUCUGCUGCGGCACCUGCCAUUACCGCUUCUGCUGCGAGCACCGCCACAUGCGCCUGGCACAGGCGUCCUGCUCCAACUACGACACGCCGCGCUGGGCCACCACGCCGCCGCCGCUGGCCGGGGGCGUCGGGGGUGCCGGGGGUGCGGGCGGGGGGCCCGGGCCCGGCCAGGCCGGGUGGCUGGAAGGGGGCCGGGCGGGGGGCGCAGGGGGGCGCGGGGGCGAGGGCCCCGGGGGCAGCACGGCCUACGUGGUGUGCGGGGUCAUCAGCUUCGCCCUGGCCGUGGGCGUCGGCGCCAAAGUGGCCUUCAGCAAGGCGUCCCGUGCGCCCAGGGCGCACCGGGAGAUCAACGUGCCCAGGGCUCUGGUGGACAUUCUGAGGCAUCAGGCUGGGCCUGGGACCCGCCCGGACCGGGCACGAAGCAGCUCCUUGACCCCGGGGGUCGGGGGCCCCGACAGCAUGCCCCCGAGGACGCCCAAGACCCUCUACAACACCGUGAAGCCCUCCAAUCUCGACUGGCGAGCCGCUCCACCACCCAGCCCCUCCUUGCACUACUCCACGCUGUCCUGCUCUCGGUCCUUCCACAACCUCUCACAUCUGCCCCCGUCCUAUGAGGCCGCUGUGAAAUCCGAACUCAACCGCUACUCCUCCCUCAAGAGACUGGCCGAGAAGGAUCUGGAUGAGGCCUACCUGAAGCGCCGGCACCUGGGGGAGAUGCCCCGCGGGACGCUGCCCCUGCACACUCUUCGGCGACCUGGCACGGGGGGCGGCUACCGCAUGGAUGCCUGGGGCGGCCCCGAAGAGCUGGGCCUGGCGCCCGCGCCCAACCCGCGGCGCGUCAUGUCCCAGGAGCACCUGCUGGGCGACGCGGGCCGCGCGCGCUACGAAUUCACCCUGCCGCGCGCGCGCCUGGUGUCGCAGGAGCACCUGCUCCUCUCGUCGCCCGAGGCCCUGCGCCAGAGCCGGGAGCACCUGCUGUCGCCCCCGCGCAGCCCCGCGCUGCCCCCCGAGCCCGCCGCCCGCGCGGGUCUGGCCGCGUCCCAUUCCAACUUGCUGCUGGGACCCGGGGGGCCCCCCACGCCGCUGCACGGGCUGCCCCCGCCGCCCGGCCUGCACCCGCACCACCACCACGGUCUGCACGGCUCGCCGCAGCCCGCCUGGCUGUCGGACGCCGGCGGGGGAGGGGGCACGCUGGCGCGCAGGCCGCCCUUCCAGCGCCAGGGCACGCUGGAGCAGUUGCAGUUCAUCCCCGGCCACCACCUGCCGCAGCACCUGCGCACCGCCAGCAAGAACGAGGUGACCGUCUGAGGCCAGGCCCGGGGGCUUGGGGGCUGCGGCCUCGCGGGGGCCCCCAGCCCAGCCCGGAUCCCUCAACACACUCCAGGGGCCUGGGACCCAGGAUCAGCCUGUGGCCAGGGGGCUGCCUCCGAGGACACUGCUUUGGAUGAAAUCGUCACCGGAGACAAAACCUCCUUCUGGGAUGUCACGGUAGAUAAGAUCCCUCCUCCUAUGUCACCGUUUGAGGCAAGGCCUCUUUCCCAUGACGUUAUCACAGAGGAAGAGCCCUGCCUGUGAGCUCAUCACUAGUGAAAAUGUCUGUGUUCUGUGAUGUCAUGACAGGGACAAAACCUCCUCCCCAUUAGUCCGUCACAGAAGAAUAGGCCCGCUCCUGAAGUCAACACUAGCGGCCAUGUCUAUGUUCCAUGAAGUCAUCACAGACUUUCUUCCUGGGAGGUCACAGCAGAGGCAAUGCCUUACCCUAUGACAUCAUCCCUAGAGACAAAGAUUCCUUCCUGUGAAUGUCAUUGCAGAGACAAGUCUCACCCUUAUGAUGUCAUCUCCGGCACCAAAAGGCCUCUUCUGACAUCAUCGCCAGGAAAAUAUUUU